CCAUCUUCGGCCUUUCGAUAGAUUUUCGAACGAAGAAGAACAAGCAACUAUUCUUCUUCGUGCAAAGUUUCUUUCUGAGAUCCUUCCUAUAUGAAUAUAUCGUUGCUGAGUUUCGUCUUGCGGCCUUCUUAAAACGUACUCCUCUUUUAAUUUUAAUGAGCCUGGUCGCCAUACUAUAUCCAUCUCACAAUCUUCAUUUCACAGUAGCGCACGAAGCUUAUAAGUUGUUUCUUAGCAUGUGUGCCUUGUUUUUUUUAUAUUUAAUAUUAGUGGAUCCUAGAAAAAAAUUAUGGCAACAUUAAAUUUGACAGCAUGAGACAGGUAGCGAGUGUAGCGACCAGCGAUAAGUGAAGUUUUGCUCGUCUGAACGUUUUGUAUGGUAUCGAUUUUUUGAGUGAAGUGAACGUAGUGUUCGUGUCCUUUAGUUUAGUGACGUUUGUUAGAAAAAUAUCUUUGAAUGGGAUUGUGUAACGAGAAAAAACGUUUACUUGGUGCGUGAUUCUCUGUAAAGGAUGACGAAGGACAGGUUAGCGGCGCUUCAAGCGGCGCAGAGCGACGAUGACGACGUCGGGCCUGACGAUGUCAACGUUGCCGUCGAAGGUGGCUUCAUGGAUGAAUUCUUCAGUGAGGUUGAAGAAAUACGAGAGAUGAUAGACAAGAUUCAGGCGAACGUCGAAGAAGUGAAGAAAAAGCACAGUGCCAUCUUAUCAGCGCCACAGUCAGAUGAAAAAACGAAGCAUGAACUUGAGGAUCUUAUGGCUGAUGUCAAGAAAACUGCCAACAAAGUCAGAGGAAAAUUAAAACAUAUAGAACAGAACAUCGAACAAGAGGAGCACUCGAACAAAUCGUCGGCCGAUCUCAGGAUAAGAAAGACCCAACAUUCAACUCUCUCCCGUAAGUUCGUCGAGGUGAUGACCGAGUACAACCGCACGCAGACCGACUACAGAGAUCGCUGCAAGAGCCGGAUACAGAGACAACUCGAGAUCACGGGCCGCGCCACCACCGACGAUGAACUCGAGGAAAUGCUCGAACAAGGCAACUCGGCCGUUUUCACUCAAGGGAUUAUCAUGGAGACUCAACAGGCGAAGCAGACGCUUGCCGACAUCGAAGCCCGACACGCCGACAUCAUCAAGCUGGAGACAUCGAUCCGUGAGCUCCACGACAUGUUCAUGGACAUGGCGAUGCUAGUCGAAAGCCAGGGCGAGCUCGUAGACCGCAUCGAGUACCAAGUGACGCAGACCACCGACUACGUGGGCAGCGGCCGACAAGAGAUCAAUAAAGCUCGCGAAUAUAUGAUCAAAGCGCGAAAGAAAAAAAUCUUCAUCAUAAUAUGCCUGUCUGUUACGCUGGUUAUAUUAAUAAUAGUGCUCGCGAUCGUGCUGAGUUAAACGACGCGACACGGAGCAUCGCUCGUGACGUCACCCAUCGGACCGUACACAUGGAAUGAGUAUGAAUAAAAAACACUAUACAAACAUCGAGCACGAAAACCCGUUUUUUUUUCUCUAUACAACUAUAAGCUUUAUACAUUAGAGGCACAAGGUCGAUAAUUGAAACUUUUGUAUCCGAUCAUCUUGAAGGGUAGUUUUUUUUUUAAUAAUUUGAUUACUGAAAAAUGUAGUAGGUUCGAAUAAGAUUCUCAAGGAAAAUACGACAAAACUACCCACAAAACUAUAAAAUAGAGUUGACCUUUAUGCCUCUAAUAUUAAGGUUCACUAAAACGAUAUAUUUAAAGGUUCUUGCAUUUUAUGUCUCGAUUUUCACAAUGGAUGUUUACAUACGUGGAUCGUUAUUUUCAAGAUGUUUGAAAAUGCUGGCAUAUCUAUAAAUCAACAUGUCGGUAUCAAGAAGUGAUAAUAUUUUGAUGCUAUCUGUUUUGAUCUUUACGUGCUAGAUAGAUAAUCUUAUCUGUAACAUAUAUAAACAUUGUGAUUGAAAAAAUAUAAUAUAUCCCACGUUUUUAACAUCUUGUAAACAUGUAGAAAUAGUUAUACCAUUGCGGUAGACAAAAUUGAAGACAAUAUUAAUUUAUAAAGUGCAAUAAAAAUGUUUGUGCUAAUAAGUAAGUUAUUUAAAAAAAAAACUUGUUUAGCUUCGCUGGUGUUACCAGAGAUAUCUUCAUAGCGUCUGUGAAUAAUAUUUGAUAGAAAUUUAGUAUUAAUAGUUAGGUAACAUCACAAGUUAUUUAUCGCAUUGAUUUUUAUUUACAAACAAGUUUUUUUUCUUUCAUACGUUAUUAUUUCGUAACCAAUUAAUAAUUUAUUAUUUUCAAACAGAAAUACGAAGUUAUUGUAUUAUAUAUGUAUACUAUUGCAUCGAUUUGCUUAAAAUUCCUACUACUAAAUUGGUAGCUUUUUUUGUUACGUUCUCAACAACGUGGACUAAAUUAAUGUUAAGCUAAAUUAUUUUUUUUAAUUCUCUUUUCAAUGCUACUUUUGUACUAAAGAAAUAAUCUCGAUAACAAAAGUAACGAUGAAAAUAUAACAAUGCGAAUUUAUAGUUUUCGUUUGUUUAAAAUCAGUUAAAUAAAAUAAAUUAGAAUCAGUUAAAUAAAAUAAAUUAAAAUCAGUUAAAUAUAGAAAAUAUGUUUGUGUUUCGUCUGUUCAGUUAGACAACACCGCUAAGUAUUAUAACUCUGUUUCAUGGUGACCUAAUAUUACGUCGGGAAAAAAAAUCGCUAUUUUUAUAUUUCGUGGGGUGAAAUGGCUAUUUGGUUUAAGCGGCAUUUCGCUUAAUACGCGACAUUUAUCUUUGUAAUUAAAGGAACGUUUUAUUUGGUACUAGCUGACCCGGCAGACUUCGUAGUGCCUCAAUCGAUAAAUAAGAGACCUAAACUUUUGUAUAAAAUAAAGUUAAAACAAACAAAAGGAAUCCGUCCGACGACGGGGGACACAUCAAAGGAAAAACAAAAUUGUUAUUUUUAUUUAAUUCUGAGCAUUUCCAUUCAUUUAUUUACGUUUUAAACCUUCCUUGGACUUUCACAGAUAAUUCAAGACAAAAAUUGGCCAAAUCGGUCCAGCCGUUCUCGAGUUUUAGCGAGACUAACGAACAGCAAUUCAUUUUUAUAGAUAUAGAUUAGUAUCAACAAUUCGAUGUUUUUAAUUGAACUUCAAUUAAGUUAAGUACGGCUCAAUUAAGCACGGUAGGCAGCGGCUUGGCUUUACUCCUGGCAUUGCUGAAGUCCACGGGCGAUUGUAACCACUCACGAUCAGGUGCCUACAAGGGCAAUAAAAAAAGUUUCCCCCCAUUGAAAUAGCUAAAGAUUUUUUUUUGUUAUAAUUUUUCGAAAUAUUAAACAUUAAAUAGCUCUCCUGUAAAGUUCCAAAAAUGUCGUUUAAACUAAAUAGCAUUUUACCCCAUGAUUUAAUAUAAUUGUGAAAUGGCGAUUUAUCAUAAUCAUAAAGUAACUUGGCCAUUGUGGAACUGAGUUUUUAGGUUAGGUUCUCAAUUUUAUCACCUCGUUCGAUUAGUGGCUGAUGACGACUAGCUUCUGUGCCGCGGGGUCCGGGUUCGAUAACCGGCCUGAGUCAGUCGUCUUUGUCAAAGAGAUUCGUGUGUGAGUGUGUGUGUGUGUGUGUUUCCGGUACUCAUACCAGACAAUAAUACCAUGGAUUGAGAAUUGAAGUGUUUAUUGAAGCUUUUUAGUACAACCGUUACUUGAAACGAGAGAUUAAAUGAAAAAGCGACACUAAAAAAGAAACAUAUGAAUACAUCUAUGUAUAAGAUGCAAAAGUAUGAGAGCAAAAAAACACUUGUGAAGGUUUCUAUUAUAUAUCGCGUGUGCCCACUUGUCCUUUUUUUUAAUUUCUUUUAUAAAAAUCGACAUGUAAAUGCAUUCACGGCGUCGUAGAAAAAAAAGUGUAUUUGUAAUGCUAACCCUCAAUACUUAUUUAUUGUCUCUGUACGCGCGCUUUUCGAUUUUACUAGUACCUUCGAUAUUCGUUAGGCUAUUCGGCGAUAGAUGGCGUUGUUACUCGUACCGGCGUAACGGUACUUUAUUACAUGGAAUGCUGAAGAAAGGAUAUUUGGUUUAAACGACAUUUUUGAAACUUUACAGAAGAGCUAUUUAAAGUUUGAAAUUUGGAAAAAUAUGAAAAAAAUACUUUUUUAGCUAUUUGAAUGUUGUAAACAUAAUUGAAUAUGCAACUUCGAAAAAGGCACAUGUCGCAUAUUUUGUCAAAUACGUUUUUUCAUGGGUAUAUACAUGUAAUUUUGAGGCUUACCUACACCCAUUUUAUAAUAAUUCCAGUAAUUUUCGGUUGCUAAUUAACAGUAAAAUAUAUCUCAAAAAUUUAUAUUUUAAAUUUUACACUGCUUGAGAAAAUAAUCAGUUUUUUUCAUUUCCUGAAAAUUUUACAUUUUCUGAGAUGUGCCUUUUCGAAAUUGCAUAUUCAAUUGAAGUUCGGUUAAAAAUGAAUCGUUGAUGCUAAUACCGAAUACAAUGGACCUUUAAUCAUAAAGAUAAAUGUCGCGUGUUAAACGAAAUGUCGCGUAAACCAAAUAACCUUUCACCUCUCGUAAUAUGUUUUGAGCCAGAAAUGAAGAGGAAGGGAAGUUGAGGGUCAAUAAACACACAUGCAUUUUGCAGUCCAUUUCGUCAAGACCAACGCACAAGGCGGAAAUGUAGAUGCAAAACAAAAAGGGUCGCUAUGAUUUAUUUAAUCUAACUCCAUUGUUUUAUUUAUUCACGUAAAAAAUUUCUAUGAUUCGUUUACUUUGCAUGUUAUUUUUUUUUAUGUUUAUGAUGUUUGAAACACGCUAAUAGCUGAAUGAUCCACAACAGUUUAACUCAUAAAUGUCUCGGGUGAUGAAAUUAUGUAGCUGUUUUUUUUUUUUGAAUGCAUCCAUAACAUUUAUGAACAUAUAUCGGAAUUUAUUAUUAAUAGUACACAGCAGAGGUAAAAUUAUUUACGGUAAUUAAAAAAAAAAUAAUUCAGCUGUCAGUGGCUCUCAAACUUUUUUUGUGUAAUAAUUGUUAAAAAAAUUAUAUUGUAUUAUAUAAAAUAAUUACAAAAUACGGUUGCAAACGCAGGCGUAUGUUCUUUUUUGUAUGCGUUACUUAACUUGUUUAGGGAAGCGUUUAAUUAAGUCACAACAAUAAAAUAUAAUAUAUAUAUAUAUGUAAUAAUAAAAACAUCCUUAUUAUAUUAACGAAGGCAUUUAGUAAGCGCAUUUCUGAAAACUUACAGAAAUGAUUGCAAAUUAAUUUUUUUCUCUCGUACUGGUUGCUUUAUAGUUGUUAUAUUUUGAAUACAUGUGUACUAACUGUGAUUUUUAAUUGUUUUUUGGUAUUAAUUAAUGUACAAUUACAUCGUAUCGUUAUAAAAUCAUCAACAUUUUAUUAUUCCUAUAAAGCACUCAUUCUAAUUGAAAGACUGUGAGACAUAAUUUAACGUCAUAUUAAUAUCGUUGAUUUAUUACUUAAUUUAAUUUAAGUUAUAAUUUAAAAACCUUUUUGUUUUUCCCUAUCACAUAAGUUAAUAAGGUACCCUCACAACGAAGGGAUGAGUUUAAAGUUGUUGCUUUUGUUAAAAAAAAAAUAGAACUUUACUCAUGUUGUAAAUAUGUUUAUAAUUUGAAAUUUAAUUACAUUUAUUUAAUUUA